AUGGCCAUCACCGAUAACCUCCCUAAAAGCGACUCUCCCUCCCUGGCACUCGUCCACCCUAGUGAUGCGGAGAAAUUGCUCCAAUUCAAGCUCAACGCGGAAGAAUGGUGCGGUGCUCUCAAGGUGCCAGCCUAUCUCCGCCGUGAAGAUGUCCUCGCGGCGACUGAGAUGACGCGUGAUGGCGGCCUCUCGUACUGGAUCCUAGUCGACACUUCAUUGCCCAACAAUCCGCUCGAUCCACAGUCGCGAACCAGGUUACCACUGGCGAGUUGUGAAACAUACCGAAAGAAGGCGUGGGUAUGGCAAGAGGGCACGCUCAAGGAAGUCAUCUGUCACGGUGUCGGAAGCGUGUUCUGCGCCAACCACCUGCGAAAGCGUGGUUAUGCACAGAGGAUGAUGACCGAGCUGGGUGAGAUAUUGAAAACAUAUCAGACAGAAGACGGCACAGAGUGCUUGUUCUCGGUACUCUAUUCGGAUAUCGGAAAGAAAUUCUACAACACCUUUGGCUGGGAGCCCUUCUCAUCAUCGCACGUCUCCAUUCCCGGUACCGUUAGCCAAGGCACCAGCAGCCUGCCCACAGCGCGACCGCUCUAUGCACAAGAUCUGCAAGACCUGUGCGAGACUGACGUGGCUCUUGUCCGCCGAGACCUAGAGUCGCGGCCAAAAGGAAGUAAUGCAGCUGUCGCUCUGAUUCCCAAUAUCGAGACGAUCCGCUGGCACCAUGCGCGCGAAGAAUUUGUGGGGAAUGAGCUUCAUAGCAAGAAGCCCCAGAUCAAGGGCGCCGUUGUAGGCACGGAAAAGGGCAAGCGCGUAUGGUGCUACUGGACGCGCAUGUGGUAUAAUCAGGACCCGGCAGAUACAAAGGGCAACACGCUGUACAUUCUGCGAUUGGUGAUUGAAGAUGGUGGUUGGGAGGGUUCGUCGAGCCAUGGCAAUGGUACAGCUCGAGAUGAUAGCCACGAAGAUGCCGUUGCAGCCUUGCUGGCCAUGGCGCAGCGAGAAGCAGAGGAGUGGAAGAUGGAGAAGGUAGAGAUGUGGUCGCCUUCAGCCACGGCGCUUGCAGCUGCGAGGAAGCUGCAUCCAAGUGCCAAUGUUGUUCACAGGGACGUCGAUAGUGUCCCAAGCCUCAGGUGGUUUCCGGAGCACCAAGGCCCGGUAGCGGAUAAGAUGGACUGGGUAGCCAACGAGAAAUACGCGUGGUGCUGA